AUGGCUGCUCUGUCCCCGGGUGUUGAUGUUUCCUGUGGCUUAGAAAAUGUUCCUGUUUUAAUUGAGAACUCUGUUGUCGCUCCUGCGAGACCAAGGUUUCAUUAUUCCACAGAGAAUGUCCAGGGCCCUGGCUUUUCUGAUGACCCAAGUGAGGCCACUCUUCUUGGUUGCCCUUGUGUUUCCCACUCCUGUGUUCUGGAAAGCUGUUCUUGUCUGCAGAGCCAUGGAGAGGCUUACACCACUGAAGUAACCGUGUGGUGCAGAAUGGAGUGA